GGGGGCGAGCUGUUGAAUGACGGCCCGAGCUUUGUUGACACUUAAGAGCCAAGACAGCCUCUGGGUCCCACACGGGCCUGGCUUUUUUUUUUUUUUUUUACAUUAACACCGUGUGAAGCUAUCAGAUGAAAGAGGAGGAGCGGCUAAUCGUUUAUUUAACCACCGGGGGAUGUUGCGGACCGAGCGCAGACUGCGUGACGGGGCGACACGGUAUCGAGACCGAGUGGACGUCUUCACAGGUUGAUGGUCCGUAUUUGACACCGAGAAGCGGCAGCCAGCAAAAGUAAAUACAUGGUUGUAGUCUAUAGGCUGUUUCUAGUGACACGGGCUUAAAUUUAAAGGCGGCGCCUGCUAAUUCCUGGAAAAAUACAGACCUCCGACUAGAAUGAGACAUUUUGCAGGUUGGGGUUUAUUCGCUGAAGUUGACGCUUAGACUUGGGCUCCAAGCAGCGUGUAGGAGGCUUGCCUGCCACUAAGGGUCUGAAUCGCACAUUUUGACAGAUAGCCAAUCAAGUCUGUUAUUCAAAUCGGUGCUCUUAUGUCAGUGACCUAUAUCACAUGCAUGUGCGCCAAGAGCCCAAAGUAACCUCUCCAGUAAACCAGACAGCAUGGGGAUCAACGGGCUAGACAAUCAAGCGCAGCCGUCCAGCGGAGUGUCCCAGACGGAAGAGCCAGCUACAGACUCUCAGACGGAGCAGAGAGAUGCUCCCCAAGAAGCAGACAGGAGCAAGGAGGAUCAGGCGGCGGGGAGCGAGUGUAAAAUCAUGCAGGAGGACAGCAGCGUGCAGCUGAUCGAGGCCGGGUGCAAGCCGCCCCUCUCCCCGGCUUCUGAAUGUGAGGUCCAGCUGGAAGAGCCCGGCCACGGAGCUCCAUUCGUCCCACCUGAAGGAGGUUACGGCUGGCUGGUGGUUUUUGCGGCAACUUGGUGCAAUGGGUCGAUCUUCGGCAUUCAAAACUCUUUCGGCAUCCUGCACAUGAUGUUGAUGCAGGAGCAUACAGACCCAGACGACAAGACGUCUCAGUUCAAAGUGGCCUGGGUCGGCGCCCUGGCCAUGGGCAUGAUCUUCUUCUGUUCACCUGUGGUCAGCAUGUUCACAGACCACUUUGGCUGCAGGAAGACAGCUGUCAGCGGGGCAACAGUGGCUUUUAUAGGGCUGCUAAGUACAUCUUUUGCCAACUCCCUGAGCCUUCGCUAUUUCACAUACGGCAUACUGUUCGGCUGUGGCUCCUCUGUAGCCUUCCAGCCCUCGUUGGUCAUCCUCGGCCACUACUUCCGCCAGCGCCUGGGCCUGGCUAACGGCGUGGUGACGGCUGGUGCCAGCCUCUUCUCCAUGGGCCUCCCAGUGUUCCUCAACAAGGUGGCGAAACCUCUGGGCCUCAGCAGGACCUUCCAGAUCCUAAGCCUCUUCAUGUUGGUCCAGGCCCUGCUGGCGCUCUUGUACAAACCUUUACUCCCUGCUGGAGGCGGCAUGGGACCCCCAGGCAUGGGUCAUGGCCCUGCUAAACCACAAACCCAGCCAGGGGCCAGCGCUCAGGGGACCAGCAGAUGGAGCAGGGUCCUCGGUGGGAUCAGGAAGUACUUCAACCUGCGUGUGUUUCACAUCGUGACGUACCGGGUGUGGGCGUUUGGAGUAGCCACAGCUGUACUGGGCUACUUUGUGCCAUAUGUUCAUCUGAUGAAUUUUGUGAAGGAGCAGUUUAAGGGGACCCAGAAGGAAUGGGUGCUCCUGGUUUGCAUAGGAGCUUCAUCUGGGGUGGGACGCCUCGCUUUCGGCAAGAUCGGAGACCUCAUUCCUGGUCUUCACAAGAUCUACAUGCAGGUGGUGUCCUUUAUGGCUCUGGGUCUGAUGUCCAUGCUGAUCCCUCAGUGCGCCGUGUUUGAGGGCCUGGUGGUUGUGUGCGUGUUCCUGGGGCUGUGUGACGGCUGCUUCCUCACCAUGAUGGCUCCCAUAGCGUUCGAGCUGGUCGGGCCCAUGCAGGCCUCGCAGGCCAUAGGCUAUCUGCUAGGCCUCAUGUCUCUUCCCAUGACUGCGGGUCCACCCAUCGCCGGUCUCCUACGUGAUUACUUUGGGGACUACACGGUGGCCUUCUCGCUGGCUGGGGUGCCUCCCAUCGUGGGGGGCAUGGUGCUGUUCUCUGUGCCCCUGAUACACCGCAGGCUUCAGGCAGCUGCGUCACCAGAGGAGACAUCCACAACUGCCCACAUGCUGCCCAACGCCCCGACAGUGGAGGAGCCCAAGAGCUGCUCCAAUGGAGACAUCCUACCUGGCUACACUGACGUAGAGACACACAUCUGAGUUGCACCAUACAAAGGGAUUCAGCCCACCAGCACCUUUUCUCAUCCUUAGAUUUCCCUCCUCUCAACCAUGGACUUCCUGUCGGCUCACCCUACUGGACUCUCAUGGGCUGUUUGUUAUUUUCAUGUGGAGAGAAAUCAUAAAAGGGCGCUCUGGCUAUAAAGCCACAGAGAGGACGACAAGAAUGCACAUCACCGUAGGAUGAUGGGAAUGUUGAAGGAGGAUAAGCACAACACAGUCUCAACUAGGAGUGUUUAAUCAGUGGGGACUCUGUAGUAACACAUACCUCCAAGAGGAAAGAAAUGAAGAGAUUUUAAGUGACUGAUUUCACAGCAUUUAUCUUGCUACUUUAGCUUUUGAAGCUGUCAAAAAUACUAUGCUUUGUUUCUAGAUUCCAUAUAAACACAUUACGAUUAAGAUAAGAGGCUAGUGAAGGGAUAAGUUCACAUUUUCUUUAUGUAGUACCUCAUGAAUCUUCUUUUUUUUAACACAAUGCAUUCAUUUAGUUUGUGUAGCUGAAUCACAAUCUCAUCUUGAGUGAUUUUUUAUUCUGCUCUGACAGCUACAAGAGGAACAUCUGUUGUAAAUGUCACAGGAGGUUACAGACAAUUCUUCUGAGAGAUCAGACACAAUCACCUCAACUCAACCGCACACUGUACUCACACCCAGGGUCCAAAAUACUUCAGAAAAAAUGGCUUUAAAUAAUUUGCCAGCCUGCCUGCAUGGGAGACAGAUGUGCGAUCAUGGCAGCUGUUGAUUCCCAUGGAUUCAUACUGCAUGCCAUGAACUCGAGAGUGUUAGAUUUUUUUCACGGUUUGAAUUUAGGUCAGUGGCUUUGAAGCUUGCGGCUGGUAAAUGUAUUCGUCGUGAGAGCUGUGCGUCUGCUACCUGGAUUCAUGAAACUUAACACUACAGUCAUUACAAGGUCUUCUCACGAGUCUCUUCAGCCUUAACUCUCAACGUUUGUUUUGUGACAGUCAUGAAACUCUACAGUUAAUAUUGGCCUUUUUUAAACAGUGUGCUAGACAAAUCUGCAUUCACUGUUUUUGUUACAGCUUUGAAAAAUAAUUCACAGUUUUUUUUGUAUAAUGUAUACACUGUGGAAGAGGAAAGAGUUGGAAUCAUGCAGUCCGAACGGGAGAUUAACAGCUGUUGGUAGCAUAGGUUUCAUUAGCUUCAGACUGGUAUCAGUUUAUGUUGAACUUUUCUUCUGUGUGAAUGCGUGUGUGCAGCACAUAUGCAUCUGCAUUUUGAUAGUAGAGGCAGUCAUUAUGUUACAAUCUGUUGGUGAGAGAGAACUACUGAGAUUACAGCUGCCAAAUGGCCUGAGCCCUCAUCAGGUCAUCUCAUAGAUCAGCAGAGGUGUGGUUCGAGGCAGACUUAAUGACUUUAGACUCAAACAAGACUUGGAGCUUGACUUGGACUAACAGCAAUAACUCUUGGCUUAACUUCGACUUGAAAAUAUAUGAUACCUUCCCUCAUGUCAUGCUUUAUGCUAAAAAAAAUGCAGUGUCAGCAGUACUCUGUUAUGAUAAAAGCUGAAAUAGGCAAAAAACUGGAAAAGACACAAAAAGACACGGCAGAAUUUAAAGUAGAAUGACAUCUCCUCCUGUAACUUAAUUAUUUUACAGCCAAACAGUCACUAAAAUAUGUUUCUGGUGUAGUAACAGACUCUUGAUUCAUAUUUGAUCAGCACUGCCAAGUUUGUCACUUUCAUCGCAGUUCUCGAGCAGUGAUUGGCGUGAUGCGUUAGAGACUCCUUGGCUCCAGGAAUGUUGAAUAUGUGAAAAUGUCAGCAGGGGCAUUCAAGGAGGUUAAAAAAGAGUAGAAUUCACAAUGUAAGACGGCAUAAUUUAAUUGUGGUACAACAGAGGUGCAGUGAAACUUGAGGUUUACAGCAGAUGGUGCUAGAAAUAAAGGGAUGGUUUCCACUCAGGUGCUUAUCUGGUACGGUCGGCCUGACAGAACUAAGUUGUUCUAUGAGUGUGCACCAUCGAAUAAGCCUUUCGGCAGCUGCUGACCAGAUUUUUACUGCGGAUGUGUUGUACCCCAAUGAUAUGGCGCAAAUUAGUCUCUGUGAUAGCACACAGACACACAGUCCACUUCCACACAGUGAGCAUAUGUGAGCACAUUAGCUGUUUACGUCACAAGAGUCAGAACGUACUUUCAAAAAUGAUACGUUGGGGAGCAAAGAGGGGUGUCCUGUCACACAAUCCCAAAAUAAAGGAGUUUAUCCUUAUAAUAGCUCUUAAUUUACCAAUUAUUUCAUUAGCUAUUAGCGCUCGUGUGAAUACACGGUUUGUUUUUGACUGAUAUGCUCACAUUUAUCGGCCAAAAAAGCCUUGCAAUCCUUUUGUGACUUUGUCCCUGUGACUUCUCAUUUUAUCCUCCCUGACAGUGACUUAAAACUCAAAGUUUAGGAAUUGGGACUGUUCAGUCUUGACUGCAAAGACUUGAGACUUACUUGUGACUUUUAAAACAAUGACUUGGUCCCACCUCUGCAGAUCAUCCAAUCAGUUUGCUGCUUUAGUUUAGCAUUGUGUCAUGAGGGCGUCACUCACUGUGUUGGCGGUAAUUAAACAAAACGUCUCGCCCUCAUUGAGAUAUUUCUUUCCUCAUGAGGGCAGUUUGCAGUUGUUAUGUUUCUCAACAUUUGGACCACUUACCUCCGCACUCUUAGAUUACAAGUUCUCUUGAACCAUGAACGGUAAUGAACAGAUGUGAAGUAGAGCUACAAUAAUUGACUGUUUGAGUUACACUGUGGUUAUAUGCAUAACUGAGCAGCAGAGAGGGGAGUUGGUACACAGCGAGGACGUCAUGCUCUGGUGUUCAGGAGGUAUUUCUCUCUGUCAAUCCCUCUCUUUGCUGUCACUGCCAUUACUCAGCCGGUUCCUGUGUUACAACCCUUAAGAGCCUGAAAGCUGCACAAACCUCACUGCUGAGUGUAGUUUUUUGGGUAGUAAUGCUAUAGGACAAACAGUACUGAAUAAGAAACAUACAUCUAUACCUCAGUAAUCAAACAAUCCUCAUCAAUCCAGUUGAACAAGUUCUUCAUUACAUUAUGGUUUCACUCUUCUGUGUUGUGGUUUUGUUGUUGUAAUCAGAAUCAGGUCUCAGAGCCACAAAGCUGCCAAACGCCUGUUUUCAAUCACCAUGGCUUCCUCCGAAACCUCAUCAGUGUCUGUUUAGCAACCACAAAACUGUGGAAAUGUCAAACUUCCAUUCCCUGUGAUCCAACAGUUGGUGCGUGAUCUGUUUAGAGAUUUACCCUUCCUCCUUAUUUUGCCUUUAUUACCAUUUGCUGCUUUCCUUUUUAAUCCUCACCAUUCCCGCUCUCUCUCACCUCUACCUCCAUAUUCACUUCUCUUUAUUACAGCCUCAUUUCUCUGCCUGCGUUUGAAGAAACGCAGUUAUAUAAAUGUCUAAUAUCCUUAACGAAAGAUAUAAGAGACACUAAACCAGAAGCAGAACCAUAAGAUGGUUAAAGCAUGUUUGGAAGCAGACAAACACAGGUCUCUAGUUUGACUGAGGUAGUGUUACAUUUUGUUGGCAGUGCAAACAGUCAUUAAUACGAUUUGCAGCUGCUGCUAGAAAAGAAACAAAAGGUAGUGUUCAUUAAAAAGUAGCUACCCAAAUUGUCCACAUAUAAGCUAACCAUUCAAACCAUGCAAGAUAACUUCUAUCAUUGAUUGUCAUCACAGUUUGAAUGAAAGGUGCAGAUGUUAGUUUUCUAUAAGACUGCGUAAAGAAAAUCUAAAAAUCAUCCAUAAAGCCGGAAUUCUGGCUGGAACUUUCGAUACUUCGAAGCUUAUACAAAGAUCUGAUUUGCCGUUUUUUGGCCGCUAAAGUCAAAGUAUCACCAAUUUUACCCACCACAAAAAACAUCCUUUCUUCUAAUAAUCUGGGAAGAAUGACCCUCAUCCCAUCCUGGUCCUGUACUGAGACCCGAAAUGUUUUCACUAAAAGUCACAAAAGCAUAAAAAAAAACACAUUGGCUAAGGGUCUCUAUACUUUUUCUAAUGAGAAGAAACUGUUAUUUCCCCAUUUAUAACACACUUUUAGAGGGCUGGAAUUUGUCAGUGAUAAUAUUUAUUUUUUUACAUAUAAAAAUUGACCUAUUGUUAUUAUAAUAUCCGUCCUGCCUGCUCCCAUUUACUUUUUUUUCCGUCCAUGUCAUGUGAAAAAUAAUAAUUACUUCGAGCCUGCAGGUAUCCCACAGAAUCCCGUGAACCACAGGAUUCGUGAAAAAAUGUAAAUCUUUAAAAAUAUGCCAGAGAGGCAUGCAGGAAAAACACUAUGUAAAGGAGCCUAAAAAAAAAAUGUAAUUUAUAAUGUAAAUAAAAAAUCAUAUUUCAGCAACUGGUAUCGAAGCCAAGUUUUCUUGAACGAUACCCAGCCCGAGCUCUAAUAGCUCUGAUUGCACAGCGUUCUCGCACAAUCCAAAGAUGAAAGUUAUUUUUACAGAAAUUUAAUAAAAGAUGCAAAAUUUGCUGAAAAACUUAAAUUCUGUUACAGCUCCACUGAGGAAAACAGUGAUGGGUUACUUACUAAUUGCACUAGUUUUUUGCUGUCAAACUGGAGGCCUGUGUCAGUAAAGUCCCACCGUUUUGAUAAAGGAAUGAGUAAAUGAAAACUUCCCCUCUGGCGUCCAUAUUGGAAACCUUUGGGUUAACGUCGGCUGCAAAAGACUGUGUUUCUAUGCACAAAACGUAUCCGUCUCAACAAAGUUGACUAGAGUCGUUUAGUUUUUAGGUUUUUUUAACUGUGAACUCAUAUGUUUUUAUUUCCUUUUUGUUGUGUUGAAUAUGUCGUCACCCUAUUAGCUAGCAGCUUAGCAUCACGGUUGUUUUUUUGUUUUUGAAGAAGAGACGAGGACGAGAAGCAAGACAUUUGAGUCUCAGCAGCAACCUCAAAUCUGUCUUACUAUUGGAGACUGUAGAGGAAAUUGUCAGAUCUUAACGUUACUUUUUACUCACUGUGUUUCUCGUUUUGUUUUCAGUGUAGUCUUUGUUAAUCCUUAAUUCUUAACGGCCCCCUCGCUUGAUUUCACCCUAUUUCUGGUCAGAACCAGCUGGGUGCUCCUUUGUGUUAUUAGAUUCAUAUAAAGAAAAUUGA